ACCCAGAGCUGAAGUCUGAACUCCACCUUGAGGCAGAAUGAGGUUCACCCUGGGAUCUCUGCUGUUCAUGCUACUGGUCUGCAGCCUCCCUCAUGUCCAUGGUGUUCUGGAGGCCUACAAUACAAACUUAAAGUGUAAAUGCAUCCAAGAGACCUCGGCCUUUAUCCCGGUCAACCACAUUGACAAGCUUCGGGUCUUCCUUCCUGGGAAUGGGUGCCCAAACAAAGAAGUCAUAGUUUGGAAGAAGAAUAAGUCGGUCGUAUGCUUGAACCCUCAUUCCAAAUGGACACAAAAAUUAAUAAAAACAUUACAAAAAAACGCUGCUUCAACUCGACCAGCUCCAGGGCUUAGAAGAUUGAUGAAGUGA